AUGGCAUUGGAUAUGCUACAGGCCAUACUCCUUGCCGUGGGGUCGUUUUUUAAAUUGGCAAUUAUACAGUUUGUCGCGGAUUUGCUGCUUUAUGCAGAAUUUACCGUAUUUUUCCGGUUAAGAAAAUAUGACUAUUUGAAUUGGUUCUUUGCGCCGUAUUUGUCUGAUGACCCAACAAGCUAUUCCUGGGUGGCUAGGUGCUGCAACGCUUUUCACUAUUACAUCAAGAUGGUGAUCUACAUUGCUCAAAUCUACGCGGCUGCAAAUCGGCUGACGUCCGCUAUAUUUCCGCUCUCCUAUGAACAUCUCUGGACAAAAUGGCGGAUGGUUAUAAUGACGUUAAUACAAAUUAUAAUACCGUUGAUAAUUGUGAUACCGGUGAACUUCGAUCCAAGCUAUGAUAUACGAUAUGCUAUCGAUUCCGGAAAGAUACGAUUGUUUACAGACGCGCAGAGUACUUUCAUCGUAGCUCUAAUCGAUGGUGCUUCAUCAGUAAUCUCCACUACGUUAUCCAUGGUCUGCUAUGUGAUCACCUGUAUUGGGACGUACCGCCGGGCACACCUGGCUGCGGAAAUUCGUUUACUUGCCUCGUCGCUGCUGGUCUUUGGCAUUUUGGCUUUUAAUAGCCUCUUCCAAGUGGGAACAAUAUUAGCCACGUAUUGUGGUGUGCGAGAGAUGUAUAUGCUGCAGGAUUUGAGCUAUCCGAUAGUAGAUGCUAUAUAUUCCUGUCAACCCUGGGCUAUUCUUAUAUCAUCUUCAAUCGUGCGUCAAACAUUUUUUCGUCACCUUCGUCGGAAGCAAAAUAAAUUAUCAUUUAUCUGUAUCAAUGUCAUUUCGAGAUUCUCCAAAUUUAGGAAUGAUAUUGCCAAUUUCUCAGUUCUUAUGAUAUCUAAAGUGAAGAGCACCGAGCGGAAAAUGUUACGAGCGCCCGGAGGGUUGGGCACAGAGCGAAUGAAGCCGUUUCGACAUAAUUACCACUUUGCGGUUCGAGCCGUGGUUUUAAUAGCUGUAAUGGUGAUCGACACGUGGAUA